AUGUCAUCAUUUUGGAAGGAGAAUUAUUUCGGUAAUCGCUAUUCUAAUGACACAUGGGGAGCAAAUGCUGCCAAUGAGGAGGAGGAGGUUGUGUCUGGAGACCCUAUUGAUCAAAAAACACAGUUGCCAGACUUGAACAAGACUCCCACUCCACCUGUUGAUGAACCAAAUUACCCGGCGCAUCAAGUGUAUCCGGAUUACGGAUACGGGUAUGAAUCUCCGUACGUGCAACAAAGUGGAUACGGUACUAAGAAUGCACCUGUUGAUGAACCAUGCGUGCAACAAGCGGAUUACAGUGGAUACGGAUACGGGUAUGAAUCUCCGUACGUGCAACAAGCGGAUUACAGUGGAUACGAGGGUGAAGGUGGAUACGGUGGAUACGGGGUAGAAGAUGGAUACGGUGGAUACGGGGGUGAAGGUGGAUACAAUGGAUACGAUAGACAUUGUUAA